AUGGGGAAAACAAAGUUAGUUUUAUUGUUUUGCUUCAUAGUUGUUAUGGUCAUGCCAAUAGCUCAAGGGGCUGAAUUAGGACCCAAGGCUGUUGAAAAAUGGUUCAAGAAACUUCCUCAUGCAAAGCAAAAGGUAACUAAAUUUCAUUUCUAUUUUCAUGACAUAGUUAGUGGGAAAAAUCCAACUGCAGUUCAAAUAGCCCAGGCCAACAUGACUACCAAAUCCCCAACUUUUUUUGGGUUUGUUGCAAUGGCGGACGACCCACUGACAGUUGGACCAGAGCCCAACUCGACAAUAGUGGGUCGAGCCCAAGGGAUUUAUGGUGCAGCUGAUCAAAAUGAGUCUGGUCUUCUCAUGAACCUCAAUUUUGUGUUCACAACUGGCAAGUACAAUGGUAGCACGCUGAGUGUACUUGGUCGAAACCCAGUAUUUCACAAGUAUCGUGAGAUGCCUAUCGUUGGUGGUUCUGGAGUUUUUCGAUUGGCUCAGGGAGUCGCCACCGCCAAAACCUAUUGGAUCAACAUGACUAGUGGGGAUGCUAUUGUUGAGUAUAAUGUUAUGGUCCUGCAUUACUCUCAUUAG